AUGGCAUCAACUACUACUUCUAAGUUUAUUAGAGUCAGCAGCGAUGUUGAGAUCGAGCUCUCGCUAACCGUGCCGACUGGUGGCACUAAUGAGAAUACCCCGUCUCUGAUCUUCCUCCAUAUUUGGGGAGGUUCUUCAAAGAGUUUUGGGUCGGUCAUUGAGAUCUUGUCGCCGUUCUAUCCAACCAUUGGUGUCAGCCUUCGCGGUUGGGGUGCUUCUACGGGACCUGAGGAGCCUACGGCUUACAAGAUUACUGACUUCGCGUCCGACGUGGAGUUUAUCAUCAAGGAAUUGAAUCUGAAAUCCGUUGUGCUUGUUGGGCACUCAAUGGGAGGCAAGGUAUCAAUGGCAAUUGCUGGAAGGCAUCUUUUGCCUGCAGGCGUAUUAAAAGGCCUGGCUCUUGUCGGGCCCGCACCCCCCGGCCCAGUUCAUUUGCCAGAUCCUAACAUGAAAGACGCCCAAGUACAUGCAUUUGAUAACAUGGAAAAUGCAGAGGGUGUCAUUCGCACCGUUCUUUCGGCACCAGGGAACUUGACGGACGAGGUUAUCAAGGCGGUAGCCGAAGACAUGGUCCGUGGGAACAAGUGGGCGAAAUAUGCGUGGCCGGCCUAUGGUAUGGAAGACGACAUCACUAAUCUCUUCGAACAUGUUGAUGUCCCCGUUGUGGUUCUUGCGGGAGAUCAGGAUAUACUCGAACCUGUCGAGAGAAUGAAAACUGAUAUCAGGGACAAGAUCAAUAAUAUGCCAGGUGGCAGGGCGAGUCUGGUUGUAGUAGAGGGCUCAGGCCAUUUGAUUCCGGUUGAGAAGCCCAAGGAGGUAGCCGAUGCCAUCAAACAGUUCCUCCAAAUGCUCUGA